ACCUUCCAGAACCUUCUUUCGUGUCGUCAUUUCCGGCCUCCCCGAUACAUAACCCGCGAACAGUCUCGCGCCUUGCUUUUUACACUUCACUCAGGGAAGGUUGACUUGCGAUUUAUUCUCACUUAUUUAUCUUCCUUAGCCUACUAAUUUAUUCACUAAAGGAAAAUGGCCAAGACUCCAGCUAUCGGUAUCGAUUUGGGAACAACUUACUCCUGUGUAGGAGUAUUCCAACAUGGUAAAGUGGAGAUUAUUGCUAACGAUCAAGGCAAUCGUACCACUCCUAGUUAUGUGGCAUUUACCGAUACCGAGAGGUUAAUCGGUGAUGCCGCGAAAAAUCAAGUAGCAAUGAAUCCCAGUAACACCGUAUUCGAUGCUAAACGUCUUAUCGGACGUCGCUUCGAUGAUACCACUGUACAGAGCGACAUGAAGCAUUGGCCGUUUCAAGUUAUAAACGACAGCAGCAAACCUAAGAUUCAGGUGGAUUACAAAGGGGAGACAAAGACCUUCUUCCCGGAAGAGAUUUCCUCUAUGGUUCUAACAAAGAUGAAGGAAAUAGCCGAAGCUUAUUUAGGGAAAACUGUUACUAAUGCCGUAGUUACCGUUCCUGCAUAUUUCAAUGAUUCUCAGAGGCAGGCCACUAAAGAUGCCGGCACCAUUGCUGGAUUGAAUGUUCUCAGAAUUAUUAACGAACCUACUGCUGCUGCUAUUGCUUACGGGCUCGAUAAGAAGGGUACUGGUGAAAGGAACGUUCUUAUUUUUGAUUUGGGCGGAGGAACUUUCGAUGUAUCUUGUUUAACUAUUGAAGAUGGUAUUUUUGAAGUUAAGUCUACUGCCGGAGAUACUCACUUAGGUGGAGAAGACUUCGAUAAUCGCAUGGUUAAUCACUUCGUUCAGGAAUUUAAACGUAAGCACAAAAAAGAUCUUACUACAAAUAAGAGAGCUUUGAGACGUUUGAGAACUGCCUGCGAAAGAGCAAAGAGAACUUUGUCUUCUAGUACUCAGGCCAGUAUUGAAAUCGAUUCGUUGUUUGAGGGUAUCGAUUUCUACUCAACUAUCACAAGAGCAAGAUUUGAAGAGUUGAAUGCAGAUCUGUUCCGUGGAACAUUGGAACCGGUGGAAAAGGCCUUGAGAGAUGCUAAGAUGGACAAGAGUCAAAUUCAUGAUAUCGUACUUGUAGGAGGAUCUACUCGUAUACCAAAGAUUCAGAAAUUGCUUCAGGAUUUCUUUAACGGAAAAGAUUUGAACAAAAGUAUUAAUCCCGAUGAAGCUGUGGCUUAUGGUGCAGCAGUUCAGGCAGCAAUUUUGAAUGGUGACAAAUCGGAGCAAGUACAAGAUCUGCUUCUUUUGGACGUCACUCCAUUGUCACUUGGAAUUGAAACUGCUGGAGGAGUAAUGACCGUGUUGAUCAAACGUAACACUACUAUACCUACCAGGCAAACCCAAACAUUUACAACCUACUCAGAUAAUCAACCCGGUGUAUUGAUUCAGGUAUAUGAAGGUGAAAGAGCAAUGACCAAAGACAACAAUUUAUUGGGCAAGUUUGAACUAACUGGUAUACCACCAGCACCUCGAGGUGUUCCUCAGAUUGAAGUUACUUUUGAUAUCGAUGCUAACGGUAUUAUGAAUGUAUCGGCAGUCGAUAAGAGUACCGGAAAGGAAAAUAAAAUUACUAUAACUAAUGAUAAAGGUCGCCUUUCCAAAGAAGAGAUCGAAAAGAUGGUGAAAGAUGCAGAGAAGUAUCGCGAAGAAGACGACAAGCAAAAGGAGAGAGUAUCUGCCAAAAAUUCUCUGGAAAGUUAUGCUUUCAAUAUUAAGUCUACCAUAGAUGAUGAAAAGUUGAAAGAUAAGAUUUCUGAAGAUGACAAGAAGAAAGUCCUGGAUAAAGUAGAAGAAACCAUAAAAUGGUUGGAUGUUAAUCAGUUGGCAGAGAAAGAGGAAUUUGAACACAAGCAAAAGGAACUGGAAGGAAUUUGUAACCCAAUCAUAACCAAAUUGUAUCAAGCAGGUGGAAUGCCUGGAGGUAUGCCAGGUGGUAUGCCUGGAGCACCACCCGGUGCAGCGGGAGCAGGAACUGGUGGAUCUGGACCAACAAUCGAAGAAGUCGACUAAAUUUAUUGCUACAUUCCAUGUAUUUAAGAACGUUAGAGAAUAAAUCGAAAUUGGCAUAA